AUGAAUACACUCAUUUUAUUCUUCAAAAACUCACACAACGAUCUCUUUACCAACUCAUGUCUUUUGUCUGUGCAAAAUGUGUCGUUCCGUUACAACGAUAGUACGCCCCACAUUUACAAAAAUCUCGAGUUUGGUAUCGAUUUGGACACUCGUCUUGCUCUUGUAGGCCCCAAUGGAGCCGGAAAGUCAACGCUAUUGAAAUUGUUGUAUGGCGAUCUGCAACCAACAUCCGGAAUGAUUCGUAAGAAUUCACAUUUGCGCAUAGCCAGAUAUCAUCAGCAUUUGCAUGAAUUGUUGGAUUUGGAUGCCUCUCCAUUGGAGUACAUGAUGCGAGCUUUCCCAGAAGUAAAAGAACGCGAAGACAUGCGUAAAAUUAUUGGUCGAUAUGGAUUGACUGGCAGACAACAAGUUUGCCCAAUUCGUCAGCUUUCUGAUGGUCAACGGUGUCGUGUUGUGUUCGCAUGGCUUGCUGGGCAAACACCUCAUUUGCUUCUACUUGACGAACCUACCAAUCACUUGGAUAUGGAAACCAUUGACGCUCUCGCUGAAGCCAUCAAUGACUUUGACGGUGGAAUGGUGUUGGUGAGUCACGACUUCCGUCUUAUCAAUCAAGUUGCCGAAGAGAUUUGGAUUUGCGAGAAAGGCACCGUUACCAAAUGGAACGGCAACAUUUUGGAUUACAAAGAUCACUUGAAAUCGCACUGCGUCACCAAUGAUAAGGAAAACGGCAAGCAAAAAUAG